UAUCACUCUGAAUCAGGCCCUUUCAAAAGAACAAAAUUUGUGGUCUUCGUAGAUUGAUUGCAAUUUGGUAUCGCACUAUUUGUCUUCAUGCAAGCAACUACAACUUUCCAGCGAUGCAGGAUUUUCUCUGCACCUGCCCUGGCGAGGCCUAUCAACCUGAGACCACAAAGGCGAAAUUCUGGUGUCUGCGCAUCAACUGCUGUAGAACUCCCUAGUCAGUACUCCAAGGUGGCGCCCAAGGGUGACCUUGUACUUGCAAGGGUUGCAGAGGCCGAAGAGAAGACAACUGCCGGAGUUCUGCUUCCCAGCUCGGCGCAGAAGAAGCCCACGUCUGGCGAUAUUGUAGCCGUGGGCGAUGGCAAGGUCGGAGAAAACACACAGACCUUUGACCUGAAGGUUGGGGAGACCAUACUAUACUCAAAGUUUGGCAUCGGCGUCACAGAUGUUACUGUUCAGGGGGACUUGCACAUCUUGAUCCGAGAGGACGAUGUCAUUGGCACGAUGCCCCGCAGCAGAGCCACAGCAGAUGAAAUCCCAGAUCUGAAACCAGCAGCUGACAGAGUCCUCAUCAAGGUGCAAGACUCGGCCGAUGUGACAGCAGGAGGAGUGUUGCUUCCAGACAGCGCCAAGGAGAAGCCGAUUGCAGGCACAGUGGUGCGGGUGGGUCCAGGGAAGCGGGAAAAGGACGGCAGCCGGAAGGCCCCCAUCCUCAAGGAGGGGGACUCAGUGCUGUACUUCAAGUGGGCAGGCGACAACAUGGAGACGCCCUCCGGGGACAAGUAUGUUGUUGUGCAUGAGAUUGAUGUGCUCUGCAAAGUCUAGGGACUGCUGAUGGCACAACCUGAGUCAAUGUUACUUUGCAGUAGGACUGUGUGACGCAAUUCCGUAAAAGUGGAUCGACUGGAUUCCAGGAAAAGUCUGAUAUGCUUCAUGAAUCAUGAUCAUGUAAGAUGAUCAGCGUGAC